UCCCCCUCCCCGCCCCCUUUUCCCCUUCCCCCCGUCCCCUGACGGCCCCCCUUCCCUCCGGGAGGGUCGGGGCGCCGUCUGGUCCCACGCGCGGUCCACAAUGUCUGUGUCCGGACUGAAAAAGCAGUUCCACAAAGCUAGUCAGUACUUUAGUGAAAAAAUCAGUCGAGUAGAAAAAACGAAACUAGAUGAAGAAUUCAUAGAAAUGCAAAGGAAAAUAGAUGUAACCAGUAAAGCAAUUGUAGAUCUUCUUGCAAAAUGCACCGAGUAUCUUCAGCCAAAUCCAGCAUGCAGAAUGAAGCUAGGAAUGCAGAAUACUAUGUCCAGGAUCACGGGGCAGGUGAUAACUGCAGGAUACCCACAACCUGAAGGAUUACUAGGAGAUUCUAUGCUACGAUAUGGGAAUGAGCUUGGAGAAGACUCUAUGUUUGGUCAAGCAUUGUUGGAUUUUGGUGAAUCAAUGAAAUUGAUAGCUGAAGUGAAAGACUAUCUUGAUAUCACUGUGAAACAAAACUUUAUUGAUCCGCUACAGUUAUUACAAGAGAAAGACCUAAAAGAGGUUGCGUAUCACUUGAAAAAGCUGGAAGGCCGUCGUUUGGACUAUGAUUAUAAAAAGAGGCGAGUUUCUAGGAUAUCACGUGAAGAAUUACUAAGUGCAGUAAGAAAAUUUGAGGAAUCAAAGGAGGUGACCAGAAAAGGCAUGUGCAAUUUGUUAGAAAAUGAUAUAGAGCAAGUUAGCCAGUUGCUAGCAUUUGUAGAAGCCGUGCUAGCCUAUCACAAACAGUCUGCUGAAAUUUUGCAGGAGCUGCACAGGAAGUUACAACACCGAAUACGUAUAUCAACUACUUUCUGUAAUUAUAAUUACAAGCCAGAAACUGAAUUCAACACUUUAAGAUUUGGAAAUGUGUGCAAAGAAAUUCCAUUCCCUUCUCCAGUAAAAACAGGUCCUGCGAUUCUCUCGGAUCAGCCAUGCUGUCGUGCUCUCUAUGACUUUGUUCCUGAAAGUGAAGGAGAACUUGGAUUUAAAGAAGGGGACAUCAUUACAUUAACCAGUCAAAUAGAUGAAAACUGGUAUGAAGGAAUAUUUGAGGGGCAAUCCGGAUUCUUCCCCAUUAAUUAUGUCUCUGUGCUAGUGCCUUUGUCUUAUUAGGUUUGUCACUCUAGCUGUGGACCUCAGUUUGUGACUGAAAUGAAUUGACCCAAGUGUUCUCUCAGUGUGGCAUUCUGUGAAAGCCCUGACAUAUUUGACCGACUAAAUGACUUUUGUAUGUGUGUUCUCUUUUUAAUGAGUUUUGUAUUUCAUUUGUAUAAAUAUUUUACCUUUUUGGCCACUUGGAAGUGCAAUUUUCAUUUUUUGCUUUGUCUCUUCAAGGUCACUGGUUAUAUGUGCAUGGAUCCUGUUUUUGUUCUUGUUUUGUUUUUUUAAAUGUAUCCAUUGAAGAAACUCUUGGCUGGUUUUUGUUGGCUGUUAAAUGCAAUGACUUUUAAAAACAUAAGGUGUAAAGCUAAAAAAACCAGUGUCCCCAAGUUACUGAGGUCAUUGUCUUUAAAUUAUCACAGUGUAACUUAUCUGUUAACAACCUAAUAAAUUUGGUCAUUCUAUGUAGUCAAAAGUCAAAAUUUGGUGUCCUCAGUAUUAAGAUGCUUUGGUACAAAAUACAGUCUUCAGGUUGUAGCCUAUUCUGGCUUACUGAGGCUCACCCAGCUUAAUAAAUAUUAGAGAAAACAAUGCCUUUUCAUCAUUUAUAUAAGUGUUUUUUAGUGAUUUUCCUUUACAGAUCAAAGUGGUUUUGGGAAUGCUCAUGAGUUGUUUUUUAAAUCACCUUUUAUACCUACUCAAUCCAAUUAUUAUAACUUUUUUAUAUACUUCACAAUGAUUGAGUAGGAAAAGGCUUCCAAGUGAGGCAUCCUGAACUGAGUAUUGAAUGGGCUUUUGGGCAGAAGUGCUGGAGUGAAUAAAGUAAUUGGGCUUAGAUGUAGUUUGAAUGAAAGGCAGGGACAUAGCUUAACACAGGGAGACAAACUCAGUGUCCUAGAGAUUGGAGUAAAUAAGAAACAGUGAAGAGUACAAAAGAUUUGUCUCAUGAAAGUAGAAACUUCAGCUUUGUUUUAAGAGCUGAGGAAAGGACCCAGUUCAUGGAGGUCUGGAGGCCAAUCCAAUGAGUGUUUAUGAUGCAAGAAGCAAUUAGGAAUCCCUCUAGGUUUCUGCCAAGAAGUGGAAUGAUCAAAGCAAUAUUUUUGAUCAGAGGUUUUUAACCUGGAAUCCUUGAAUAAAUUUUAGAUAUUCCAUGAUAUUUUUGGUUAGCAUUUUGAUAAUUGUAUUCCAAUGAUCAUUUCCUUUGUAAUACAAUAUAUUUUAUGCAUUAAAAAUUAUUCUGAGAAAGUCCAUCGG